UUGAAAGGCAGCAAUAAAAAGACCCGAACUUCAACCCACGAGAUCAUCGAGAUGGUCAAAGACCCAAAAUAAUAUGCAUAAAAUGCAUGGAGAUGGAGAAGAUAAAAAUAAAACAAUCUCUAAACAAAAAAAACCAAGCCAUUAUUAUUCACUAAAAGAAACUAGCCGUUAGAAAGGCUUUCUAAGCAGAUGCAGAUGAAGAGCGUCUGUCACCCACAUGACAUUUUCUCUCUCCCAACACAAGAUUCUCUCUCUCUCUCUCUCUCUCUCUCUCUCUCUCUCUCUCUCUCUCUCUCUCUCUCUCUCAAGUCUGAUGAUCCUCACGUGCCUUUCUCAGUCACUAAAACACCCACCUCCCAGCUUUCAGUACUUAAUCUUCUCCCAACUUAUUUUGCUCCUGUUCAUUCCUUCCUCUACUCUCCCCCCAACAUUUGGAAAAACCACAACCAAACUAGAAGAAGCCAGCGUAUUGUUCCAUCCAUUUCUUCUUUUUCUUUUGGUUUGUUUGUGGUCAUGGAUUACCCAUUUCAGACUUUUCAGUUUCUCAAAAAAGGAGUCUCUGAUUGGCGCCGGAUUUUACAUAAGAAGAAAGAAAAAUGGAAGAUCCUUCAUUCCAAAUGCACCCAUUUUAUCUUCUUUCUUCAGCUCCUGUUCUGUGCCCUCCAGCCAGUCAGAAGCGAAAUCUGGGAUGGUGUCAUUGUCACAGCAGCUGAUUACCAAGCUCUUCAAGCUAUCAAGCACGAGCUAGAUGACCCAAAAGGGUUCUUGAGGAGCUGGAAUGACAGCGGCUUUGGAGCUUGCUCCGGUGGCUGGGCUGGAAUCAAGUGUGCUCAGGGGCAGGUUAUUGUGCUCCAGCUUCCAUGGAAGGGAUUGGGUGGCAGAAUCUCAGAGAAAAUAGGCCAGUUUCAGGCGCUUCGAAAGCUCAGCCUCCACGACAACCAGAUUGAGGGUCCAAUUCCUCAGUCGCUGGGCUUCCUUCCAAGCCUCAGAGGAGUUCAACUAUUCAACAACAGACUCUCUGGUUCAAUUCCUCCUUCAUUGGGUUUUAGUCCUCUGCUUCAGACCCUUGAUCUUAGCAACAACUCUCUCACUGACAAAAUCCCAGAUAGUCUUGCAAACUCUACCAAGCUUUACAGGCUCAAUCUCAGCUACAAUUCAUUUUCUGGCUCUGUCCCAGUUAGUUUCACUCACUCACAUUCUCUUACCUUCCUUGCUCUGCAACACAACAAUCUCUCUGGUCCUGUCCCAGACUCAUGGGGCAGCACUGGAACACAAAACAGUCACUUAUUUAGACUUCAGUCCUUGACCCUUGACCAUAACUUCCUCUCAGGAAGUAUCCCUGCUUCUUUAGGCAAGUUAAGUGAGCUUGAAGAGGUUUCUAUUAGUGGUAACCACUUCAGUGGAGCCAUACCAAAUGAAAUAGGGAGCCUCUCUAGGCUUAGAACACUAGAUUUUUCUAAUAAUGCCAUCAAUGGAAGCUUGCCUUCUAGUAUCUCUAAUCUCUCCUUACUUGUUCAGCUAAAUCUGGAGGGAAACAAACUUGACAGCAAAAUCCCAGAAGGUCUUGGCAGUUUGAAAAACCUUUCUGUUCUCAACUUGAGGAAAAACCAAUUGCAGGGUCCAAUUCCUGCAGCUCUUGGAAACAUUUCCACACUUACCCAACUUGACUUGUCACUAAAUAAUCUCAGUGAUGGAAUUCCAGCUUCUCUUGCUGAUCUACCACAUCUUAGCUUCCUCAAUGUUUCUGACAAUAACCUCUCUGGUCCUGUCCCAGCUCUUCUCUCCCAUAAAUUCAAUGCAAGCUCUUUUGGGAACACUCAGCUAUGUGGGUACAGUGCUUCAACCCCAUGCCCAUCUGAAGCACCAUCUCAAAGUGUCCAAGCUCCAGCCCCUGAGGUUUCGAAACGCCACCGCAAGCUAAGCACCAAAGACAAAAUUCUUAUAGCAGCAGGAGCUCUUCUAUUAGUAUUGUUUGUACUUUGUUGCAUACUUCUCUGCUGUUUGAUAAGAAGAAGAUCUGCAUCAAAAGCCAAGGAUGGCCAGGGUACAGCCGGAGCCGGAGCUGCAAGGACCGAAAAGGGGGUCCCAGCUGUUGCUGGUGAAGUUGAAUCGGGUGGAGAGGCUGGAGGAAAGCUAGUACACUUUGAUGGGCCAAUGGCUUUCACAGCAGAUGAUCUUCUGUGUGCAACAGCAGAGAUUAUGGGGAAGAGCACUUUUGGGACUGUCUACAAGGCCACACUGGAGGAUGGGAGUGAAGUUGCAGUGAAGAGAUUGAGAGAAAAGAUAACCAAAAGUCAGAGGGAGUUUGAGGCAGAAGUGAAUAUACUUGGGAAAAUCAGACAUCCAAAUCUUCUGGCACUGAGGGCCUAUUACUUGGGACCUAAAGGAGAAAAGCUUCUGGUUUUCGAUUACAUGCCUAAAGGAAGUCUUGCAGCAUUUCUCCAUGCUCGAGGUCCUGAUACUCCCAUUGAUUGGCCAACAAGAAUGAACAUAGCAAAGGGCAUGGCAAGAGGCCUGUCCUACCUCCACACCAAUGAGAACAUUAUACAUGGGAACCUCACAUCCAGCAAUAUUCUACUUGAUGAGCAGACCAAUGCUAGGAUCUCAGAUUAUGGCCUCUCUCGCCUCAUGACCGCAGCUGCCAAUUCAAAUGUGAUUGCAACUGCCGGAGCACUAGGGUACCGAGCACCGGAGCUCUCAAAGCUUAAGAAGGCCAACACAAAAACGGACGUAUACAGCCUUGGGGUGAUCAUAUUGGAACUCCUAACAGGGAAGUCUCCUGGUGAGCCAAUGAAUGGCUUGGAUUUGCCUCAAUGGGUGGCCUCCAUUGUGAAAGAGGAGUGGACUAACGAAGUUUUCGAUUUGGAAUUGAUGAGGGAUGCAUCAAUUAUCGGUGACGAGCUGCUAAACACAUUGAAACUAGCCUUGCAUUGUGUUGAUCCUUCACCAUCUGCAAGACCAGAAGUUCAACAGGUUCUGCAGCAACUAGAGGAGAUUAGACCCGAAACAGCUGCCAGUUCCAGUGACGAUGGAGCUGGAGCCCCUUCAGCAAGUGAGUGAAAACUGAUUCCAGAAGUAAGUGGGGUUUGGUAGACAUAUUUAGGAAGAGAAGCUAGCUACUAAGUCCAAGAUUCUUUCAUUCUUCGAAAUUAAUUUUGCUUUGUUACACUUCAUCAGUGUCUGUAAAUAGAGUCUUCUCUGGAUUAAUUUAAGAGUGUUUUUGCGAUGUAUUGAAUGUUCUCACUAUCUAGUGAACUAUUGUUUUGAAAUCUCACUAUCAAUAUUUUUGAUU